AUGUUUAAAUUUGUGAUUUUAUCCUGUGCUGUAGCGUGGGCAGCUGCUCAUCCUGGAUUACUUGGAGGAGGAAUCGGACUGGGAGGUGGUUAUGGAGGAGGAAGUUUGGGCGUAGGAUUAGGUGGAGGAUUAUCAGGAUUGGGUGGUGGGAAUUUAGGAGGAGCUGGAAUAAGUGGAGGCUAUCAAACCAUACAUGCUGCUCCAGUUCAUAUUCCGACAGCUACAAGUAGCCAACAAAGAAUCGACGUGAUUAAUCCUACAGCUGUCAGGACUGUUCAAAGUGUACACAAUGUAGCUGUCCAAACACCUGUUGCCAUAUCUACUCCCGUUGUAUCUACUGUAGCUGUAUCCAGCCAAGGAUCUGCUAUUACUUCUCAAGGAAAUGGUUAUGCUGGAUAUGGUUUAGGUGGCGGGCUUGGAGGAGUGGCAGGAAUCGGUGGAUCAGGAUCGGGAGGAUUAGGUUUGGGAGGUGGACUUGGAAGUGGAUCAGGAUUAGGUGGAGGAAUUGGAGUGAGCUAUGGAAUUGGACAUUAAAUACGACUUAUUAAUCUUAUAUUGACAAUAUAUUACAUGUACAUUUG